AUGACCAACCGUUUUACCCAGGACCUCUUGGCCAAAAGAGCGGGGAGAGCAUGCUUAUCCUGCCGGUCGCGAAAGAUCCGCUGCAACGUCGAAGAACAGGGUCAACCGUGUAGCAACUGUCUCAAUGACGAGGCCAAUUGUCAGAUUGCGAAGAGUAAGCGCGGCAAGAAGCCCCGUCGGCGUUUGAAAAUGAACCCAAAAUGUCCCAAAGCAAAACACGAUACGACUCAAAGUGUUGGACGUAUCAAUUCAAAUGUUGAUGGCUCGAGAGGCAUUGUACCGUUGUGUCGAGUCCCCCCUACGCAUACCACGGGAUGGCUCGAUGAUUGUGUGGAAUUGGAGACGUUUUCCCAAUGUCAGGACGAAGGGUUGACAAAUUCCCUGAAAUCAGGCACAGCUCCAAAACGUUCUGCUGCAGAACUCGACCAACGAUUCCUCCAUCGGGAACUGACUUAUGUGUCUCUAAUCGAACAGGAGGCAGUCCACCAUGUGACGACUGCCGACCCGACUCCACCAAGUCUGAUUUCCCCUUCUCAGACUUCUCCUUCAGCAGAUUCCUUCAGGACGAAUCACGAAAGCCUUCCAGAUUUUAUCAAACCACUUUCCCAGAGCCUCACCCCGGAAGAUGUCGACUAUCUCCGCCUGAAAGGCGCCCUGGACAUACCCUCGGCGAGUUUUUUGAAUGCUCUGCUCGAUUCCUACAUUCAAUAUGUUUACCCAUAUAUGCCCACUACAGACCUGUCCAGCAUCUGCGGGAUUGUGACCGGCAAGAGUGUAAGUAUCAGCAUCUUACUAUUACAGGCCAUCACGUUUGCGGCUGUCGCCUUUGUCGAUGCGGACGAAAUUCAUAGAGCGGGUUUCAAUUCACGACGGUCCUGUCGAAAGGCAUUCUACGAUAAGACUCGACUGCUCUACGACCUCGACGUAGAAUUUGACAAACUCGCCAUCAUCCAAGCCACGCUUUUGAUGGCAUAUUGGAAUGAGACUCCUGGUGAUAACAAGGGAGCAUGGCACUGGAUGGGUGUGGCCACGUCCCUUGCACAAACGCUAGGUAUGCAUAGGAAGACCGAGUACAAAGUUCAGUCCCACGAAUCCAAACUUCAUAAACGAAUAUGGUGGUCUUGCUACAUCCGAGAUCGAAUGUUGGCGAUUGCAAUGUGUCGACCACUGCGGAUCAAAGACGCAGAGUUCGAUACGCCGCCACUUACACUUGAAGAUUUCGAUAUCAUCGAUUUGUCCAAUGGACCGGGAUGCCUGGACACGGAUAGUCAAACUGCGCUGGCAGAGAUGUGCAUUAAAGCAACGGAAUUAUGUAAGCUGGUCGCGGGAGUGGUCGAGUUGCAUUUUUCUGUUCUUCCAAGCGAAGACUCAACUUCGACCGCCAAGGAGGAUAAUGGAACGAGGACGACAAUGCUUUGCCUGAAAAGCUUCUCACCAAACGAACAGCUGGUGCAGCGGUACGAUGAGCAACUACAAACCUGGUACCGGACUCUGCCGUCUUCAUGCGUCUAUGGAACAAAGGAUGGCCAGGGGGGUCUAAGCCCAUGUGUUAUUGUAAAUGCAGCGUCUUUACAGAUUGCCUUCUGGGCCGUGGUCUCAGCACUUCACCGCCCCCAACUUCGGGGCAGGAACAAAGCGGUUUCCAUUAGAAGAGUCGAGGAAGCAGCUAUCCAAGUGUCAAGGGUCGACCGAGAAAUGCACAAAAUACAUCUGGAUCAGUAUCUUCCUGCGACGGGAAUCCCCUUUCAAUUUCCCGCGUUCAUCACUCACACGAAACGCCUCGAGAACCAGAAGACUUAUGGUGUAACUGAGAUAUUGGAUUCUCUCUUUUUCUGUACCAAAGUGGUUGAAACGCUUCGAGAGUUGUUCGUAGGAGGCGAUGAUGGUAUCAAAUUUAUCACAUAUGUUGCCAAACGGGCGGAUAUUACCCUAUUAUUCGACCAAGACUCGAAACUUUGGGGACUCGAAUAUCGAGGCCUUCACUACAGCCCGGGGAGCCGUCAACUUAAUCUCGACUCAAAAACUUUUGGUACUGGAUUUGGAGACGUUUCGCCUCAUCGAAGUUCCUACGAAUCUGUUCUCGAAUCCGGUCAAGAGCGUCCCAAGACCGGAAAGAUUGUGAAUCAGAAUGAUUCGGAGUUGCUCUCGUUUGAUAACAUGGAUGCGAACUAUUGGAGCAGUCUCUCGGAUAUUCUAUCGGCCUGCGAUAUGGAUUUCGAACACUGUUUCGGAAUGCCGAUCAACUCGGAUUCCUUACAGGAUGUUGAAAUGGGGUGA